AUGUUUCGUAUGUGUGGGGGACUCUCUUUCUCACUUUCCCUUUCUCUCUUCUCUUCUUCUCUGCUUCUCUUUUUCUCUUUCUUUUUAUCUAUCCAGUUCACCUUCUCUCUCUCUCUCUCUCUCUCUCUCUCUCUUAAACAUAACAGAUAUACGUAUCUAUCCAUUUAUGCUUGUUCCAUUUUUUUCUUUUUUUCCUGUCUACAUUUCUCUUUUCAUUUGCCGCCAAUCACACUGACUGAUCGCCAUAACACUUCCCCGUUAAUAUCCUUUUUCGUUUCCGCCGAUCCUGACCAAUCGUCUUUGCUUUGUCAUCACUUGUUUGUUUUUUUUAUUAUUCCUUUUUCCUUCCUUCCUUCCUUUCUAUUUUUUAAUCUCUUCUUCUUUUUUCCUUUCUUCGCAUCUCUCAUUUUCUCAAUCUCCCCUCAUUUUUGUCUUUCUUUUUUCAUUUUUUUCUUUCCUUUCUCCUUCUCUUUUCACACAUUCUUCCAUCAUUUCUUUUGUUUCCCCUUCCAUUUUCACCUUUACUCUCCAUUCUUCUCAUUCUUUCUUUCUUGGCUCCUCUCCCUCCAACUCUUACCAGUUUCUCUUUUUUCUUUAUUAUCUCCUUUCCCUGAAAUCUCUACUAUCUUCCCUCAUUUGCUGUCUUUCUUUCGUUUUUCAUCUCCUCCAUUUUCUUUCGUUUCCUACUCUUCUCUUUUACUUCAUCUCCCGUAUUCUCUUCCUCCCUUGACAUCCCUCUUUUCUGCUUCGGUAUUUCCUUUCCAUUCCUCUUUCAUUCUUUCUUUAUUCUUCUUCAUCACCACUCUUUUUAAUUUCUUCUUGUUUUUCUCUCCUAAUGUCCUUUCUUCUUUUUUUUUUUUUGUUCUUUUGUUGUUAUAUUUUCUUUUUUUACAUUUCUUUUUCUUUUAUUCUUUCUUACUUCUUUACUUCUAUUUUCCUGUCUUUCUUUUUGACCUUCCAACCAUUCUUUCUUUCUUUCUUUCUUUCUUUUUUCUUUCUUUCUUUCUUCCGACUAUGAUACCUUCUCUUUUGGUUGAAUUCUAUUCCUUUCCUUUUCUUUGUAUCUCUCUUUUACACGCUUCUUUCUUCCUUUUAUCCUCAUUUUCUUCAUCUUUUUUUUUCUAUUCUUUCUUUCUUUCUUUAACUCUUCUUGCUAUCCUCUCUGUUUCCAUUCUUUCUUCCUUUUCUUUCUUCUUAUUUUUUAUUUAA